GGGAAGGUUUUUGCCGCGAAGUUUUUGUAUACAGUCACCUGGUUUAUCCUUAGUUUUGACAACUGAUUUGACAGCAAUGGCGACCCAGACAAGACGACAGACAACUCGCACAGAGUAUACAUCUUCAAAGUCAAGUGGUGGACGCUCACAUACGUCUCCAUUGAGCCCGACGAGGAUAUCUCGUUUGCAGGAAAAAAAUGAUAUGAUCGAUCUCAAUGACCGACUUGCUGCAUACAUCGAAAGAGUGCGGCAGCUUGAAACUGAGAACAGUCGUCUCACUACAAAAGUCACGAAGAUCGAGGAGACACAGUCGAGGGAAGUAACCAACUUGAAGUCUUUGUACGAGUCUGAAUUGUCUGAAACCAGGCGUUUAUUAGACAGCACUUCGAAAGAGAAGGCUCGUUUGCAAAUUGAGCACGAUAAAUGGAAAACGCAAGCACUGGAACUGCAAUCCAGAUUUGGCAAAUUAGAAAAAGACCUUGCCAGUGCUGAGAAGCGUUUACUUAAUCUUGAAGCCCAACUGUCCGAUAAAGACGCCAAACUUAAGACUGCUCUGAACGAAAGACAACAUUUUGAAGAUGAGUACAAUCGUCUCAAACGGGACUAUGCGAACAAAGAGAAACAGUUGGAUGUUUCAAAAAAGCAGCUUGAAGAAGAGACGGUUCUUCGUGUGGAUUUGGAAAAUAGAUGCCAGAGUUUGAAAGAAGAAUUGGCCUUUAAAGAAUCAAUAUACAAACAGGAAGUCGAGGAAGUGAGAACUCAAAAGGAGAUCAGUAUCACUGAAGUCGAUAACCGUGCAAGAGAAGACUACGAGAGUCGUCUGCAGAUCAGUCUGCAGGAGUUGAGGGAAGAGUAUGAAGACCACACCAAGUUCAUGAAACAGGAAUCCGAAUCUAUGUUUCAUUCUAAGAUCGCAGAAAUGAAACUUCUCCUUGAAAAGCAGAGUGGUGAAGCUGCUACCGCUAAAGAUGAAAUGAGAAUGGGUCGCACAAAGUUAGACGGUCUGCAGUCGCAAGUUAAUACAUUGAAGGCACAGAACAAUGCAUUAUCAGAUCGUGUGAAAGACUUAGAGAAGCAAUUAGCAGAUGAACAAGAGGCAUCAGCUAAUGCGUUAAAAGAGAGAGAUGCAGAACUACAAAACAUGAGAGAUUCUAUGGCGAUUCAACUAAGAGAGUAUGAAGAACUCAUGGGUAUAAAGAUUGCGCUUGAUAUGGAGAUAGCAGCUUAUAGAAAACUACUGGAAGGGGAGGAAUUCAGGUUGAACAUGAGUCCUUCGCCUCGUCAAACCAAAAAAACUAGAGAAUCCUCGCAGCUUCGUAGUACACCCAUGCGUCAAGUACGUGGCACGAAGCGACGUCGCAUUGAUGAAAGUUCAAGCAUAUCACAGACUGCUACAGCAACUGGUGGAGUGGCGAUCACAGAGACUGACACAGAAGGCAAAUUUAUCAAGUUACAGAAUACAACAGAAAAGGACCAAGCCAUGGGCAGCUGGCAGCUGAAAGUUAAGGCAGAUGACAACGAGGAAGUCACUUUCAAGUUUACAAACCGUUUUGUGCUGAAGGCUGGUGCUACAGUAACUGUGUGGUGUCAGGAAGCUGGACAAGGUCACAACCCACCUAGCGACUUGUUGUGGAAGAAUCAGAAAAACUUUGGCACUGGUGAAAAAGUCCAAACCGUAUUGGUUGAUAGCAGCGGCGAGGCCAUGGCUACUCGUACUCUGUCUCGUCGUGUCACAUACUUGGAAUACUCGGAGGGCAGCAGAUUAAGUGAGGUGGGCAGUGAAGAGCUCUUUCACCAACAGGGUGACCCACAACAGAAGACUGGAUGUGUUGUCAUGUAAGCCGUUGCCAUGGAAUUUAAUGGACUUUAGUCAUGUCCAUAUUAUAAUCAUUCAGCAUGAUUUAGAUGGAUUUUAUACAGAUCAGCACAAGUUAGCUUUUAUUUUUAUUAUAAUUAUUAUUUUUAUAUAAUUGUAAUACAUUCAAUUGUUCUAUAUUCUGAUAUCGUCGUUGCGUAUAGAGGAAAGUCUUGUAUAGAUGAUGCCAAGCAUGUGGUCAAACUAUUUGUGAUGUACACGUCUAAGGAAUUCCGAUCAUACCGCUCAACUACCAGUAAACCAUGGAGGCUGUGUUUUUGACCAUUUGAAUAGGAAUCGUCUUUAAUUCAUCCUUGACGACUGAGCGUUUUUAUGUGGUAAGACGAACAAGCCCACAAAACUUGAGAACCCUUCCACUGCUUUUACUGGGCGUGUUUGUGAAGCAAUUAAUUGUGGUGUAUCCAAACUCAAAUUUGAUGUAUUGUUUCACAUUUUAGGAUUCCUACUCAAUAUUCCAAUUUAUUGUCUCAUUUUUAAUAAUUUUCUGUUAAAUUUCAUUAUGAAUUAUAUAGAAAUAAAUGGUGAUAGAUAGCGUUGAAUAGUUUCAGGUAGGGUAUAAAGUAACUGUCGUAGCAUGUUGACGUUUUUUUUAUCAACUUUGUCUUCUCGCUUCAGUACAAUUAUUGUCAGUUUCAGUAUAUUUGUACAGCUGAGUUGAGUGUACAUGAAAUACAGAUUUUAAACGUUUUCUAGUGACCCCUUUUUUCAGGUCAUGCUUUUCAAGUCAACAUACUAGUUUAUCUUUGGCCGUUUAUGAACCGUCACACCUCAAUUUGACAGACAUUAUUUUUAUGGUGCUAUUAAUAUUGAUUUGUGUGUCCUGCUAUUAUUGAUCCAAACUAUAGGUAAUCCAUUAAGAUUUCAAUAAAGGUUUAGUUCACAAUUAAAGGGACACCUUCCAGUUAAGCCUAAUCUCACAACAA